UGUGUUAUUUGCGUUAUCUGUGCAUUUUCCUCUCGAUUGUCAUGGUGUCUAAAGGUUGAUUUUGUUUUUAUUUAUUAGAUUUUCAUUCAUAUAAACGAUACUAUCACCCCCUCGAUACGUAAACAUGAACAGAUUAAUUUUGAAUCCGUGCCGGUGCUUAAAAAGAUCAACUCUGAAAUGGGAAAUCAAAGAGUAUCAGUAUUUUUCACAUGUAAGACAUGCAAGGACCCUGUCAUAUGCUAUCCAGCCAGGUGAGCCUCAUUUUGGCUGUAUAGAGCGGCCAUUAAAUGCCAGAGUGCUGUACACACCACUCUACUUCAGAGGAAUAGCCACGAGCUCCUGCCACUAUGAAAAGGAACCGCUUAAACCUUCUUCAAAAGUCGAAGCAGCAGUUGAAAGUAUAAAGAAAGGAAUAGCUGAAAAAGAGAAGCUCCCAGUGAAGGAAGUACCGAAGAAAAGUAUAGGGGAACGCAUCAUGGCUGAGCUCAGGCAUUAUGCAUAUGGUUUCAAACUACUCUUCAUUGAAAUCAGGAUCUCAACAGGUUUAUGCUUUAAGAUUCUAAGAGGCAAGUCAUUAACUCGGCGAGAGCACAAGCUACUCAUCACUACAAUUGGAGACUUAUUCAGAAUGGUACCAUUUAUAGUAUUUGUCAUUGUGCCCUUUCUAGAAUUCUUGCUGCCAGUAUUCAUAAAAGUGUUCCCUAACAUGUUGCCAUCCACAUUUGAGAGCAAAGAUCAAAAAGAAACAAAAAUGAAACAGCACUUGAAAGUUAAGUUGGAAAUGGCUAAGUUUUUCCAAGAGACACUAGAUCAGAUGGCUCCUCAGGCGAGUAAUAGGCACUCAACACUCGCAAAAGAAUUUCAGACCUUCUUCACGAAAGUCAGAACUACUGGUGAUGUGGCCACUAGCGAGGAAAUCAUGAAAUUCUCAAAGUUAUUUGAAGAUGAAAUCACAUUAGAUUCACUUCAGCGGCCACAUCUGAUUGCACUUUGCAAAGUGUUAGGAGUGACUUCUAUUGGUACAAGUGCCAUGCUACGGUGGAAUCUAAGGAUGAAGUUGCGGUCUCUGGCUGCUGAUGACAAAAUGAUAGCUAAAGAAGGUGUGGACAGCUUAAACUUUAGCGAAUUGCAACAGGCAUGCCAAGCACGUGGAAUGAGAGCUUACGGCGUGUCAGAAGAGCGCCUUAGGAAGGAAUUAAGGAACUGGCUAGACUUAUCACUGAACGAAAAAGUACCGCCAUCACUCUUGCUGCUGUCCAGAGCGUUGAUGGUGCCAGAACAUGUGCCGACAACAUAUAAGUUGAAGGCUACCAUUUCAGCACUGCCCGACUCUGUUGUGAUGCAGACUAAGGCUGCCAUUGGAGAGAAGGAAGGCAAAAUUGACUUCAAGGCUAAAGUGGAAUCCAUUAAGCUUGAAGAACAGAAGAUCAAAGAAGAACAGGCCGAGAUGCUUGAAGCUGAGAAAGAGAAACAAAUACUGGAAGCAAAGAAGAGAGAGAAGGAGGAACUCAAAGACAAAGCCCCCAUACUUGAUAUUGAACAAGAAGUUGCGGCCAAGGAUGAGGCAAAGGUGCUGAAUGUGGAUAGUCCUAAACCCGCGGAGGAGGGUCUGUCUGGCAAGGAUAUUGAGGUCAUUGAGGAUGCUUUAGAAAAAUUAGCUGAACAGAAGAGAUCCCUGCUCCUCGAGAAGGAGAGCAUCCAAGACCUGAAGUUGGAGCUCUCUGAGUACAGCGAGGAUGUCAAGGAGAUGCAGGAGAUUGUCAAGACCAAGCAAGCAGACAUCAAGGUCUCCAAGGGCGCUAGAAGACUAUACAAAGCAGUGAACAACAUGAUCAGCAAACUGGACUCCGUUCUAGUCGAGCUAGAGAGCAAAGAGAAAGUGCUCCAGAAAACCCUGGAACAGACCAAGUCCGAGCCGCAGAAGGCCAAGGAACAGCUGAUCCAUAUCGAUGAACUGAUGCAUUCCAUUAAGAGUCUACAGAAGGUACCAGAUGAGGCCAAGCUGAAGCUGAUUCAGGAUGUUUUGGGGAGGUUGGACGAUGAUUUUGACGGGCAGUUGAAGGUCGAUGACGUUUUGAAGAUGGUUGAAAUAAUAGGCAACGAAAACGUGAACCUGUCAGAGAAGCAGGUGCAGGAGCUGAUCGAGCUCCUCGACAAGGAGGAGAUUCUAGAAGUAGAGAGCAAGAUACAGAAGGCGCUAGACAAGGCCGCCACAGCGGAGAAGGUGCAGAACAUUGAAGCUCUGGAAGCUAGCAAGGGUCUAUUCGACUUAAUCCGAGAAGCACAGAAGCGACGGGAGAUGAAGAAAGCAGUGGAGAAGUUCAGCGAUCAACCCUCGAUCCCCAAGAGCGAAGACAUCGUCACCAAGACCACCAAACAAGAGGACAGCAGUAAACGGCCCGAGAGCCACUGAAAACUCAACCCUAGGAAUAUUAGAGUAAAGUUGUAAAUACUGUGGCUGUCGGUGGCGUUUACGUCUUAUGCUAGUCGAGCGACCAGCAGAAAUGACGAUCCCAUAAAUACUUAUUGAAUAUAUAGGGCAGAGUCCGUCUUAAGUUGACUUUACGACGAAUAGAACAAAGUGAGAGAGUGUCAUUAUGAACGUCAUAUUUUCAUAGAAAUUUGACAAUAAUGAUGACAUUGCUAUCUUGUUAGCUUGGUCUGACUCUAACAAAGUUGCAAGGUUUGAUCCCAUAUGUAAAGUGUAAUGUACUGUUAUGUAAUGUUUCCCUAAUGACAAUAAGCAUUUGUAUACAUGUAAUCGAUUACUGCAUGUAAAUAGUUAAAUAAUGCCUAUUCCGUUUCGCACCGUACAAACUUAUUUUCAGAUUUUUAUUUAUUUCCGGUUUCGUUAUUUAUAAAAUUCUAUUUUAUUGUUUAUGCAUUUCUGUGAUCGCUGUUGUAAGUUUUGUGUUAGUUGUGUAUAUUAGCGCUGGAACAGCGUUGCACAAAUUGUAUGUCUGUAUGUAUUCGAGUUUUGAUCGGCACCGGCUUACAUUAUCAGAAAUUGGGAUUUACUUCAAGUAUAAAAUAUCUCGCAAGUUGCAUUUAAAAUGUGACGGAUUUGUGUAUAUAAAAUAUAUAGAAGAUUAAUUUUAUAUGAUUUCAAAACUGGUUUCAUAACCCUGUAUCAUGUGAUUCUUGGCUGUCUAUAAUUUAAGCUAUCACGACCCUAUCUGCACAUCUAAUGCAGGUAUUAACACAACUAAAUAUACAUUUAUAUGAAAAAACUUGUUCUAAAACAACUGUUGUCGGGUAUAACAAAUUAUAGUGACUUCAAUGUUAUAGCUAGUUCAUUUGUCUGUACUCAUUGGAUGUGCUGAGAAUCGAACUUACUUAUGUUAAAGUAAGAGAAUAAACAGAUCAUUAUAUGAA